UAAUACCGUAUAUUAUAACUACAUUACUUUCAUACACUACUAGUUAUGUCUUCCCCAAUAACUGAAUAUAUAUAUAUAUAUAUAUCUAACAUGGGUACGUACCUGCUGAACAAUUAUCAACUGUUUUUAUGAUGGCUUCAUCAAUUUUAGGAUUAUCCGUAAUUCUCUUUACAUUCUUUUUCCCUGCAACAUCAGCUCUUAAAAAUGCUUCUUUUGAUCAUCAUCCCCAUCUCUCUUCCAUCACAUCCUUCUGCAACACCACCCCAUAUCCAGAUGCCUGUUUUAAUUCAUUGAAGCUCUCCAUCUCAAUCAACAUUAGCCCAAACAUCCUCUCCUUCCUCCUUCAAACCCUGCAAACUGCCUUGUCCGAAACAGUAAAGCUAAACAAUCUGUUCUCAAAUGUCAGGGGCUCCAACAAUAUUGUUGAGAAACAGAGAGGAACAAUCCAAGAUUGCAGAGAGCUACACCAAAUCACAUUAUCUUCUUUACAGAGAUCCAUGUCGAGGGUCCGUUCCGGUACUGAUUCAAGAAAGAUGGCAGAUGCAAGAGCUUACCUCAGUGCUGCUCUUACGAACAAGAACACGUGUCUAGAAGGGCUAAACACUGCUUCUGGUCCACUCAAGCCCACCUUGGUUAACGCUGUGAUUAAUACUUACAAGCACGUUAGCAACUCUCUUUCUGUUCUGGCCAAGCAAGUUCCUAAACACGGCCAUAAACAGCGCCGUCUCUUGGGAUUCCCGAGCUGGAUGUCGAAGAAAGAUCGCCGGAUUUUGCAGGUCUCCGGCGACGAAUAUGACCCGAGUGAGGUCAUUACCGUGGCCGCAGAUGGAACAGGAAACUUCACUACAAUCACUGAUGCCAUAAAUUUUGUUCCUAAUAAUAGUUACGACAACAGAAUUAUUAUAUAUAUUAGAGAAGGUACAUACAACGAGAACGUGGAUAUACCCAGCUAUAAGCCCAACGUCGUUCUGCUCGGAGAUGGAAGUGACGUCACUUUUAUCACAGGUAACCGGAGCGUGGAUGACGGCUGGACUACUUUCAGAUCUGCAACCGUCGCGGUGUCUGGUGAAGGCUUUCUGGCACGAGAUAUAACCUUUGAAAACACGGCAGGACCAGAGAAACAUCAAGCAGUUGCAUUAAGAGUAAAUGCAGACUUAGUAGCUUUAUACAUGUGCAGCGUCAAUGGCUUCCAAGACACUCUCUACGUUCACUCAUUUAGACAAUUCUACCGCGAGUGUGACAUAUCUGGAACAAUAGACUACAUAUUUGGAAACGCUGCAGUUGUCUUUCAAGCUUCCAAUAUCAUAUCAAGAAUGCCGUUACCUGGGCAGUUUACAGUCAUAACAGCUCAAUCCCGAGACACCCCAGAUGAGGAAACUGGAAUUUCAAUACAAAACUGUUCGAUUGUAGCAACGUAUGAUUUAUACGACAACUCGAGCAACGUAAAGAGUUAUUUGGGAAGACCAUGGAGGGUGAAUUCCAGGACGGUAUAUCUUGUUUCCUAUAUUGAUAAGUUUAUUGAUCCAACUGGAUGGAUAGCAUGGUCGGGUAAUGAAGGACUAGAUACUUUGUAUUAUGGAGAGUAUGAGAAUUAUGGACCAGGUUCGGCUACUGAUAAUCGCGUGUCUUGGCCUGGUUAUCACAUAAUGGAUGAGUACGAUGCCUACAAUUUUACAGUCUCGGAGUUUAUCACUGGCUAUGCCUGGUUGGAAUCUACUUCAUUUCCCUAUGAUGAUGGGAUAUAACUAAAUUACAUGCAUGCUUCCUAUAUCUAUAGGCUUUAAUUAAUAGCAGUUUUCCAGGAUAAGGAGCAAGUGUCCAAGACAUGAAUUAUUUACUUGUCAUUUAGAUGCAAGUUGUAAAAGUGACAAGUGGUAUACAAGGAGGAAUGAGUAAUCAGAACUUGUUUGGGUGUAUAAUUUGGUGGCAAUGCAAUAUAACGUAAUUAUAAAUGAUCCAUGGCA